AUGAAGGCAGAAGCCAGCUUCUCUCUUCGUUGCCUCGGGCGCCGCCUGCUGUGUGCUCCAGACGCCUUUCGCAUCGUCGCUCAGAAAAACGUGUCUGGAAAUCGGGGCCGAGGAAAGGGAGCCUCCACCUGCAGCAAAGCUGCAGGUGGAGGCUGGGUCACGCAUCUUCCGCGGGAGCUCUGGCUGUUCCUCAAGGAGCUUGGGCCGCUGAACCCUAUGGGAGUGGGAGGCCGAGACACCCAUGCGCUCGCCUUUCCUGCAGAGAAGUACGACCUCGUCCUCAGAAGCCUCAACGAGCGGUUCAUCUUCACGGAUUUGUUUCCGCUCCCCGCCUUUGUUCUGCGCGCAUUUCGCGCCUUCAUGGGCUUUGCGUCGCCGCAACGUCUACCUCGGAAGACGGCCUUAAUUCUUCUCAACCAAACGUCUCCUUCGACGCGACGAAGAAUCGAGGCUCUUCCGUCUUCGCUCGCUGCUGGAGCUGUGACGACAGACGGGGGAUCGGGGCACAACGAGAACCCGGCGAGAGAGCACGAGGAAAAGAGAGAGGCAAAGAGGGAAACCGAGAAGGAAGAAAUGGAGAACGAGACGGCGCUGAUCAAAGAGCUAAAGCCUUUCCAGCUCGAAGGAUAUCGAUUUGGGCUUCAACGGAACGGCCGCGUGCUAGUUGGAGACGAGAUGGGUCUUGGCAAGACUCUCCAGGCCCUCGCCAUCGCAGCCUUCUACCACAACGAAUGGCCUUUCCUCGUCAUCUGUCCGUCGUCGAUCCGCUUCCAAUGGCGAGAUCAGGCUCUCCGGUGGUUGUCAGAGCUUCUCGUCCUGGACGAGAUUUGCCUAGUCAAAUCAGGCAGGGCCGAGAUUCCGGGGAGGACCAAGAUGGUUAUUAUUUCUCGGCCUCUCUCGCUUUGUCUCCAGGUGGUCAUCUGCGACGAGUCUCACUACCUGAAGAAUUACCAGGCGAAACGGACUCAAGCAAUCUGUCCUCUCCUGCGAAGUGCGAAACGGGCGAUUCUCCUCUCCGGUACUCCGGCACUCAACCGACCAGUGGAGUUGUUUCAACAAUUCGACGCUUUGCUUCCGGAUCUGUGCACAUAUCGCGAGUUUGCGGACCGUUACAGCGUCCAAGUUUGGAAUCCUUUCACACGCCACUUUGAGUACGAGGGUCAUCAACACCCAGAAGAACUUCAUCUUCUCCUCAAGCAUACAAUCAUGAUAAGACGACUGAAGGAGCAAGUCCACUCCGAGCUGCCUCGGAAAAUCAGGUCGCGAGUGCCGAUUGAGAUUCCGGCGAAGGAACUGAAAGAAAUUCGUGAGAAGAUGGCGGAGCUUGAGGCCGAGGGGAGGCCCGAAGCUUUCCUGGGCGGGGACAGCGCGAUGAGUGGCCCCGAUCCAAAUCCAGAAAAUACUGACCAACGGGUCUCCGCGUCUUCGUCUCCUCUGGUGGUGGAGCUUUUUACGCUGACCGGCCUCGCGAAGCGCGCGGGGGUGUGCGAGUUCUUGUCGUAUCUUUUCAAGAGCGGAGGCGACAUGAAAGUCAUCGUCUUUGCCCACCAUCGCGCCGUGCUCGACUACAUCGAGGAGUAUCUUCAGCAGACAGAGAAGAAACAGUCUGUGCGAAUCGACGGCCGAACUCCGCAAGACAAACGCGAACGUCUCGUUGCCCUUCUCUCCAUCACGGCAUGCGGCCACGGCCUCAAUCUGACUGCGGCAGGAACGGUGAUCUUCGCAGAGCUGUACUGGGUACCCGGCCAGAUGAUCCAGGCUGAAGAUCGCUCCCAUCGCAUCGGAACUGAGUUCUCGUCAAUCCAAAUCCACUACCUCAUUGCCGAGGGUACACUGGACGAGACAGUGUUUCGCAUUCUCCAGCGCAAGUGGCGCCUGAUGACGUGCACACUGGACGGCGAGCAGCAGCAACUCGCAAUCAACUCCCACCCGUCUGUCUCUUCGUUUGCUGCCUCGGCUGCCGCGAACGCCUCUUCGCUUUCGUUCGAAACAUACCUCGAAGGCAUCGCGAAAGAGGAAGAGACACCGCCUCGCCCACAGGCCUCGACGGCGGCGGAGAGGACAGGCGGAGGAGGUCGGCGGGGUUCGCUGCCGCCAAACACUCGAGAGGAAGAACGCGACGGCGGCCGCCAGACCGGCCUGGCCCGGUUCCUUCAGCGCGCAGGCGCCGAGAAUCGCGGCAAACGCGAGAACAAGCGAGAGGGAAGAAAGCGGGCUGAAGAACUCGACUCGAGCACCGACAGCAAACCCGCCAAACGCAGACUCUUGCCAGGACCGACAGGUGGACGGAACGAGAAACACGCGAACUACGUCAUUUCCAGCGGAGACGAAGACUCAGUGGAAGAUACCAGCGAUUUCGAACUCGUUAUAGACUAG